AUGUCCAACAGAACAGCUAAAUCACCGUCGCCUAAUACGACAAUAAUGCAUAAUGACGACCAGGGAAUUGAAAUCACCACCGAGUCAUCACUUCAAAGACAAAGACUGCAUCAUCUGCAACAGCAACAGCAACAGCAGCUGCAGCCGAGUAACAGUUCCAACGGUAAACCUACACCCUCCAACUCAGACCCCUCGAUCAACUUCAACACCUCCUUUGAUCUACUCGAUUACAAAUCCAUAACUUUAGAAAACAAAGGGUCAGUAGCCCGUGACCAUAUGGCCAAUGAACGUACAUUCCUCGCGUGGUUACGUACAUCACUCGCAUUUAUAACCAUUGGAAUUGGGGUCACUCAAUUGUUUCGAUUAGAGAAACAAGGAACAAAAGUACACACAACGGAUCGAAUACUCGACCUUUCUUUAGACCACAAGAGCGAUGAUUUGAAACGAUAUGGUAAACCAUUGGGAUCCAUAUUCAUAGUGUUGGGUAUCCUAACUUUAAUUAUGGGGUUUAGACGGUAUUUUCAUGUUCAACGAUUAUUGACAAAGUCGUAUUACCCAGCCGCGAGAUUGGGUAUUGGAAUUUUAUUAUUUUUGAUCUUGAGUGUUGUUUUGGUGACUUUGGCCUUGGUUUUGCAAACAUCGUUAGUGUAG